AUGGCAGGUGCAGAAAGCGAUGCCCAAUUCCAGUACACUGGCAUUAAAAAAUACUUCAACUCUAACACUCUCACAGGUAGAAUGAACUGUGUGCUGGCCACAUAUGGAGGAAUUGCUUUGCUGGUCUUCUACUUCAAGUUAAGGUCUAAAAAAACCCCAGCUGUGAAAGCAACAUAAAGGGAUUCUAAACGCAUCCCAUCUGCUCAGUUCCCAUGCCUGGAGAAGCUAGUGUCAACUCAUUAUGUGAUAAUUUGUACAAUAAAUUAUGAAC